AUGACCAGGUUUCAAUUGCUUCCCCUUGUCGCAGGGCUGCUUGCCCCUUCAAUUGCAGCCCUUAGCAUCCCUUCCCCGCAGCAGAUCCUCGAUUCUCUCACUUUCGGAGAGCACACCGACGGCUUUUGUCCGCUGGCACCCAAGGUUGAGGUUCCUGACGAUGGUUUCUUUCCAGCUCUCAAGUUCGUAGAAGAUGCCUCGUUCAAGUCGCGCCAAGUCAAUCGUCUCUCCAGGGCGGUUCAAGUUCCGACCGCAAUCGACGACUACAUGAAGGAUCCCUACGACGAAAAGUUCGCCCCAUUCCUCGACUUCCAGAAGCUCCUGCAGACCCUCUUUCCCCUCACCCACUCCUACGCCCGCGUAGAUCACAUCAACCGAUUUGGUCUCGUCUUCACCCUCAAUGGCACAGAUGACUCGCUCAAGCCCCUGCUAUUCACCGCGCACCAGGACGUCGUGCCCAUCAACGACCCUGCCGACUGGACCUAUCCCCCCUUCGAUGGCCACUACGACGGCGAAUGGCUCUGGGGCCGCGGUGCCAGCGACUGCAAGAACGUCCUGAUCGGUCUCAUGUCCGUUGUUGAAGACCUACUCUCCCAAAAGUGGGAGCCAACCCGCACAGUCGUCCUGGCCUUCGGAUUCGACGAAGAAUCCCACGGCUUCCUCGGCGCCGGAUCCAUCGCCAAAUUCCUUGAGAAGAAAUACGGACCGGACAGCUUCGAAUUUAUCCUCGACGAAGGCGGCAUGGGCCUCGAAGUUCUAGACGACAACAACAACGGCGUCGUCUACGCUCUCCCCGGCGUUGGCGAAAAGGGCAGCAUCGACGUUGUGCUCACUCUGGCCGUACCAGGCGGCCACAGCUCCGUGCCCCCUCCACACACGGGAAUCGGCAUCAUCGCCGAGAUCAUCUAUGAGCUAGAACGCCAGGACCUCUUCGUCCCCGUCCUAGACACUCACCACCCGACCCGCAAGAUGCUCGAAUGCCAAGUCCGCCACUCCCCCUCGCAAGUCGAACCGUGGCUCGCCUCCGCCCUCCAAUCAAGCGACUACAUCUCCCUAGCAGAGAAACUGGCCUCCUCGCGCGGCGACAAGUUCCGCUUCAUCCUCCAAACCUCCCAAGCAGCGGACAUCAUCAACGGCGGCGUCAAAUCCAACGCUCUCCCCGAGAAAAUCAACGCCCUCGUCAACUACCGCAUCGCUCUGCACCAAACCCCAGACGAUAUCAAGAACCGCGCUGUGGAGAUCAUCUCUCCCAUCGUCAAGAAAUAUAACCUCUCCCUCACGGCCUUCCCGGAAAGCGACACCGUUGACCCCUCCCUCAACAACCACCUCACCCUUACUACCCUCAGCGGCGCCCUCAGUCCCGCCCCGGUCAGCCCAACGGACAUCGACACCGACGCCGUCUGGGCCCGUUUCUCGGGCGUCACUCGCUCGGUCUUCGAAUCUGUCCCUAGUCUCGAGGGCAGAAAGGUCGUCGUGAGCGGCGACAUCAUGACCGGGAAUACGGAUACGAGAUUCUACUGGGCUUUGUCGAGGAAUAUUUACAGGUGGAGUCCGUCGAGGGCGGGUAAAGCGCUGAAUAUUCAUACUGUUGAUGAGAGGAUCGAUAUUGAUAUUCAUCUUGAGGCGAUGAUGCUGUAUUACGAUCUUAUUCGCUCUUUCGAUGGACGGACCGAUUCAUCUGUCAUUUCUGCUGCGUCGGCAGCUGCUGAUGAUGAACUUGCUCACGACGUGCUGUGA